UCUCCUUUCUUCUUGCGCCCCUUUAGCUGCCAUGGCCGUUUUCCAGUCCUUUGUCCUGCCUCCUAAGUCUGUUUGGGUUUGCUGGGCUGACAACUCUAAUUACUGGAAGGUGUCUCCUAUGCAGAACUCACGUUAUUCACAGAAAGCAGAGCUCUUGGAGGUCUGCUGGCUGCAGAUCCGGGGCACAUUUGAUACAGCAGCACUCGACAAAGAUACCACAUGGUCAAUUGUGUGUCUUCUUAAACACAAUGAUUCAGCAACAGGUCUACACACACCAGCGGAGGUUUCUGUCUCACAGAAAGAUGGGACGACCAUCUGCAGCCGGAAGGUGCAUCUGAACCCCGGCAGCGUCGACCUGAUACAACAGGAAGGCGAGGAAUGGCUGGCGCUUGAGGUGGGGAGGUUUCAGCCUGCCGGCGUUAGUCGCGAGAUCACUUUUAAUCUGCUGGACGGCACCACUCACUGGAAGACUGGACUCGUGUUUGCUGGGGUGGAGAUUCGUGCUGUCUCCACUUAAUUAGUCAAUGGACUUAUAACAAGUGGUUAACUUGUCUACUGUUCUGUGCCGUGGCAGUGUUUGUGUGAUGGUAAUAAAUUAAGUGGAUGUGUAGGUCCACAUUGUCUUAGCUUUGUAUUUCAUAGCGUAAGUCCGGUGGUGGUUGUCUACUGUUGGAUUUGGAUUUUGGGUCCUAGUCCAAUUGUCCUUGUCUAUCUCAUGUCUUGUGUUGUUUCCAGAGUAAUUAAUAGAGUGGA